AUGUCCCGCCGAGCACCACGCGCCAACUACGACGAGGAAGAUGAGUUCUACGAAAUGGAACGAGCGCGAGACCGCAGACCGCACCGACGAGAUCGCGACUAUACAAAAGAUGUUGAAAAUCGGCGCCGAAGGUCCGAGCCCUUAGUCGAGGACAUGGAGCGGAUGCACAUCCGAGAACAUCCCAGGCGAGACUUCAUGGAAGAGAGCUUUGCAUCACAAAGAGCGCGGGAUUAUAUGGUUCAAAUGCAGUCAAGGGAGAAGGUGGACCUGGUCUUGCCUGAGCGAAAUAUCCCUCUAGACCGUGAUGAUGCCUACAUGUGGCCGUCUGGCUCCCGUCGUAGACAUCGUCCACGUGACGUAGACGGAGAGGAUUUUGUUUCUGAGAAACGAGAGAGACGCCGGGACAGUCGAUGGCACCCGCGAGACAUUGACGAGGAUUUGACUUUUGAGGAGAGAGGAAUGCGCGGAGAUGGGAGGCAUUGUUCUGAAGGAGAUCGAGAAGCCGAAAGUGAUUUUUUAGUCGAUGAGAUUGAAAGGCGUGGGCAUAGAGGGCAUCGUACUGAACGAGAGCGAGAAGUUGAAGGCGAUCAAUUUAUCGACGAAAGAGAUAAUCGCCGAGAUAGAAGGCGUCGUCCGGAGCCAGCGUUUGAAGAGGAUCUUGUGUCUAAGGAAAGAGUAAGGGAAAGGAACAGUGACAGGAGGCUUCAGGAUGAAGAACGCAUUGCCGAACAGGAAAGAUCUCGAGGAAGUAUGCGCCAUCCUCGGGGGUUUGAAGAGGAUGAUUUGAUCAUUGAAGAUAGAGAAAGGCACAGGGGGAGCAGGCGUCACCCGAAACGAAGGUCUGAGGACGAUUUUCUCUAUGAGGAGAGAGAAAAAAGCCACCGCAGACGUCCAGAAAGGGAUCUCGAAGAGAACCUCUUAUUUGAAGAGCGGGGAAAACACAGAGGAAAAAGACACCGGCCAGAGCACGAAUUUGAGGAAGAGGAGAUGGCAAUCCGACAGACCGAAAGGAAAGAUCCCCCUUUGCAUUGCGGGUGGGACAGUGAAAUCGACAUACGAUCGCGUGAAAGAAGAGUAGAGUUUGAGGAAGAAGAACUAUACCAUCGGCCACGGCCACGGCCACGGGCACGGCCUCUGCCUCCACACAGGGUCGAGGUGGAAGAGGUCCCCCUUGAUAGUGCGUCCCUAGAGCGACGCCGAGGCCCGGUCGAUUUUCUAGAUCGAGAAUUCGAAGACGAUGAUGUGGUCAUCCGGUGGAAUGACAAAGGACCACGACCAGUCAACCAUGUUGAUGAAGAGGAAGUAACCGUACGCAGCCGGGAAAGACGGCGCAGUGUACCAUCAGAGGAUCUAGAACGCGAAUUGAGAGGUCUUCGGCGAGAGGGUAGGGAGCAGAUCCCACCGAACACAGAGCUUAGCGAGCGCUCGAGUUUUGAUUCCAAGUCAUGCUCCCGAGACCUUCAGGAGAUUAAGGAAGAUAUCAGUAUUUCGAAAUCAAAGAACAAGCACCCGCCUCGUCAACCUUCGCCUUCUUUGGGUUCAAUACACAUGCCCCCUGUCCACCAAGGCUUGUUUACACACCACAGGCACAGUGGCCAUGGCCACAAAGACACCCGUACACUUCGUAUGCGCAAUCCGGACCUGCGGUCCCAGAGAGGUGGUUUUGAUGAGAUUGAAAUUCAACAUCAAAGAAUGCGAGGUGGACGAAUGUCAGAGGAAACAAUAGCCCUCAAACACCGUGACAGUGAAGAGUCUCUUGCCCCGGAAGACUCAAUAUCUUUGACUAGCAGCCCAACUGUCAACUUCAAGGAUCCAUGGGAGCGAGAAACAAUAUCCGUAAAUCUUCGUCGACCCAAGCCACUAGAAGACGAGAGCGAGUUAGCUUACAGCCACGGAACAAGCGACGCUUCUUCCAUGCGUGAUGUGGAAGAGGAUGUGGUGGCUGAGAGCAUCCGGAUAGUUAAAAAAGCCCCCAGGGGCACGGAUGACUGGUCUGUGGUACAUCCUCCAUCCCCUGACGAAGCCAUUGAGAUGACCGGAGCUUUGGGCGUUGUUGAUGUCAAACCCCGACAUGUAUCAGUGGAUGAAGUGGAGACUGGACGAACUGCCCGGAAAUUCAUCUACCCGGAGAAGACUCAAAAUGAUCAGUGGACGGAAAUAGCGAAGAGAAUGGUAGUGAGGGAAGCUAUUGAACAGAUGGGAUAUGAGUAUGAAGAGACAAGGACAUGCUACUAUAUCUUCUCGUACCUUAAGUCGGAGGACAUCGACGAGCUUGUUGAAUUGUCCGAUGAGAUUCGAAGUGCGCGUCGCAGACGCAUCCGUGACAUCCAGCAGGAGCGAGCCUUCGUGUCUGAUACCGUGCUCCGGAUGGGACCUCGUGUGGGGAUGCCUCCACACGCAUGGAUAAUAGAGAAGCGCAUGCAAGACAUUCGAGAUCGAGAAUGGAUGCAUUAUCGGAGGUAA